UCGUUUCUCCCUCUGCAAGAGCGGCUGAUGAUGAAGCGAACCUGCUUUUUGAAAGAAGCCCAAUGAAAAGAAAUAGAAAGCAACUCGUCCCCCCCGAGCAAAGGCACUAUAGAGAGAGCGCAUGCGCCGCCUGGCGGAAACCGCCCCCACUCCUCCUCGAUCACUUUCGCUCCCCUGCCUGUUGCGCGCCCCGCUCGGUAAGUUUCGAUUCUCUGCGGCGAAGCGAUGCUGCGACGGGGCGCCCUCGCUCUGCUGGUGCCGCUCAGACGCCACUCCGCCAUGGCGACGCCUCCCGAUCGCCGCUUCGUGGUGGAACUCGCGGGCUCGGAGCUGGUCCAUUUCUCCCUUAGCGACGACGACGACAACAACAACAACCGUGCGCCUCCUCGGUCCUUCCCGCCCCGUCCGGGGAGAUGCUACUCCUUCUGCCUCCCGGCGGCGGGGAGCCCCCGGGAGCGAGUCCGGGCUGCCCGGCUGCACCGGCUUCUGCAGCGGAGGCUGAGCCAGGAGCAGCCCUUCGGGGCCGGGAGCGCAGCGCUGGCGCUCCUCUCCUACAGCCCCCACCGCGAGGCUGCGCUCGAGAGAGGCUUCCUUGUGCGGGACGAGCGGCGGGCUCCCGAGACCGAGCGCUCCGUCGAAGAGCUGCUUCGCCACCUGCUGCCGGCACCGGUCCACCUCGCGGUAUACGAGGUGGCGGAAGGCGGCGAGGUGCGCUGCGCACUGUGGCGCCUUGACGGGGCGGCGCAGGGCAGGCAGCUGGUGCGCAGGGCGCGCGUGGUCGCCGAGGAGGAGCCGGCGCUGCAUCCCGCCGUCGCGCACCUCCUGGACGACGCCGUGUUCCGCUCUCGGGGAGCUGCCCGGAUGGUCCUGGAGGAGUGCACUUCUCUCAUUCCUGAGGCCAAAGCAGUCCUUGAUCUGGUGGAUCAGUGCCCUCAGCAUCCAAAGAAGGGUGAUUUCCCAGUGAUAGUUAUCGAGGGUCUGGACGCAACAGGCAAAACAACAUUGACUCAAGCUGUGAAGGAUUCACUAAAUGCUGCUCUCUUGAAGUCUCCUCCGCCUAGCGUCAGCCAGUGGAGAAAGAUAUUUGAUGAUGAACCAACGCUCAUACGGAGGGCAUUUUAUGCUCUGACCAACUACAUCCUUGCUUCCGAAAUAGCGAAAGCAUCAUCUAAGUCACCAGUGAUCAUAGACAGGUAUUGGCAUAGCACUGCCGCGUAUGCAGUUGCCACCGAAAUAAGCGGGAAAGUGCAAAAUCUCCCUCCGCUGCAUCACGAAGUAUACCACUGGCCCGAAGACCUCCUAAAACCAGAUGUUGUUCUACUGCUAACUGUUAGUCCUGAGGAAAGAAUCCGGAGACUGCAGGGACGAGGGAUGGAGAAAACAGAGGAGGAGACUGAGCUAGAAGCUAAUACUUUUUUCCGUCAAAAAGUUGAAGAAUCUUACAGAAGGAUGGAGAAUCCGACGUGUCAACCAGUUGACGCCAGUCCCUCUAGAGAAGAGGUUCUCAAAGCUGUUCUGCACCUGGUUAAAAAACAGUGUCGUUUACCAUAAUUGGUUGCGAAUGUAGUAGUGCCAGGCUGCUCUGGCAUAAAGGGGGUUGACCCUAAACUUCCCAGCAGAUGCAGGUGAAACUCGGAAAAUUAGAGUAUCGUCAAAAAGUGCAUUUAUUUCAGUAAUGCAACUUAAAAGGUGAAACCAAUAUAUGAGAUAGAUGCAUGACAUGCAAAGCAAGAUAUGUCAAGCCUUUAUUUGCUGUAAUUGUAAUUAUUUGUCGUUAGGCAGGUCAAUUAUAAAUGGAAUGUAAUUCAUGAAAUGUAAUAGCGAUGUUUAUUUUUGUAUUAUUGUAACUAUUUAUUACUGUGGAAUUUUCAAAAGAAAGCAUUUGUAAAAAUUAAAAGAAAAAUGAAAAAUAAAAAGUCGCAUUACUGAAAUAAAUGCACUUUUCGACAAUAUUCUAAUUUUCCGAGUUUUACCUGUAAGUGUUGAGUAGGAGUGUUAACAACUUCAUUUUCCUCAAAGAGUGAGAAGCAUAUUGGAUUAUAGGGGGAGAUGCCACAUUGUCGUGGGUUAGCCAAAAAUCCUGUCAAUUAUAGUUUGCUGAAGAGCACCAGGGAUUUGUAGCAGAAAUCUCAGUAGAACCAGAGGCAAAUCAGGGGAUUUGUUGCCCUCCCUCUCGUUUUCCCCAGUCUUUCAGGGGACUGCAAGGUAAGAGGGAGGGCACUACUUCCUGCUCUUUCUCUGACUUGGCUUUGUGACAAUAUCACAGGGCCAAACCUGAUGGGUUACUUAAUUUAGCAAACUCAUUAUGCUGCCUACAUGAUUUCUGUUUUGCUAGCCCAUUUAAUAAAAAAAUACGGAGCUGGAACUGUGGGUUAGGGAAGACAGAAGCUCUGAAAAGUUGCAAAGUGGUACACCAAAAAGGUAAAGAGGUGGUGAUCAUGAAUUACACACACACACACACACACACACACACACACACACACACACACGUACAAUUUGGCAUCAUCCUAAUUCCCAACUCUCACCAAACUUCAGUUACAAUUCUUUGCAGGGAGGCUAUGACAAUUAAGCCAUUAUAACACUAAUGCGUUUUUGUAGAGUCGAUCUGCCCAAUGAGUCAUAGUCCAUAAAAAUGUAAAAUGAUGUCCUGAGAGCUGAUUCCUCUGAUAAUUAGAGAUAUAAUUCUGCCCUGGGGGGCAGCACGGAAUGGUGGAUGUGCAAGUCCUUUCGUGCCACACUGCUGCUCUUCUGUGGCUUACAAAGUAAUUCACACCGCUCCACUUCGUUUUUCCUUCCUUCCUUCCUUCCUUUUUUUUGGCACACUCAUGUGGCAGCAAAGAGAGGUGCAGCAGCUCACUGUUUUAAAAAGAGAAGUUGGGGAAACAGGAAUAUUUAUGCGUAGCCCGCUGGGCUGGGUUUUGGCUUCAGCAAAAGAUCAUAAGGAAUAUUGUUUAGAUGUAAACUUUUAGUUUUGGCCUAUAUUACCAAUGGUCAUUUGGAGUGGCUGAUACCUGAACAAUUGCAAAUGAAGAAGAUUCAUGUCUCUUCAAGCAAACUCUAGGUAGGAAAGUAAUCCAAAACUUUGACUUGUAGUGGGUAGAGCCGAGGGGUCUCUAGCUUUCACUUAAAUGGGCCAGUUUACUCUCCCACUUCUUGUGUUUUAAUCAGCUGAAUUUGUCACUGUCCUACAGGAGAAGUAAUGUAUCUUACAUGGAUUAAAAUUGUCAUUUCUCUUGCAAAACUUUGGCUGUGCACCUGUUGUCUAGGUGGUUAUGCGUGUGCAUAUAAAAUAAACCAGACUACUCAUCCAGGGCAGACAACAUGAGAGCCUAAGAAGAACUCUGUGUAGUUGCCAACAUGACUAUUAGUAGUCACUAAUAGAUGUUUGUUAUUGCAUUUCCACAAAGAGGAAUGGUCCUAUUUCAAAUGGCUUGGUGCUGUAAAUUGAAAGAAAGCCUCAAAAUGUCAACCAGCGGAUUUUUGCGAUUUUAAUGCAUAUUUCAAUUCACUAAAAUUUAAGAGCAAAAAUAAGAUGAAUACUCUAAGGAGAAGCUUAAGAAACAGAACUGAAGAAAAAAAUUAGGAAGCAAGAUAACAUAGCCGGGAUAUAGCACCCAAUUUGAAGUUUAUGUUUAACCAUUUACUGUUGUGCAACCAUAACCAUUUACGGUUGCCUUUUUGUGCCUCCUCGAGAGGUCUGGAGGGUGGCAACAUUAGAACGGGCCUUUUCUGCAGUGGCUCCCCAUCUGUGGAAUGCUCUCCCCAGGGAAGUUCGCCUGGUGCCUUCAUUAUACACCUUUAGGCAUCAGGCAAAAAUGUGUUCCUCUUUAACCAGGCCUUUGGUUGAUUUGAUUGACGUCCUAUGCGCUUUUAAAAUGGGUUGAGGGGGAGGGUUAUUGGGCUGUUGUUUUUAUUUUGAUUGUGUGCUUUGUGGUUUUAUAUUCUGAUUUUAUCCUGAGACCUGCGGGUA